CACCGGCUUGUCUUUGGGCGAGCGGCGCAAGGGACCUCGGGCCAGGGCUUCUUCCCGUCAAGAUGGCGGCGCCCAGCGCGCACAGGGUCUCAGUAGCCAGAGGUUAAGCUUAGUGACUACGGAGUGGUGUGUGGCCGCGUUGCGGACUUCGAAACGCCCGCGUUUGGUUUCCCCGGCGAACGCUGGAUGCCGAGUCAGAGCUCUCUGGGGAAACUCCUCAGGAGCUUACAAGGAGGAAAUGGCAGUGCGGUUUGGGCCAUAUGCUCACCCAGAACUUGGUUUCUCGCCCAAACUCAAAUCAAGGAUUUGUGAGCAGCUUCUAUAAUGGUCUGCCUGGCCCUCCUCAGAGCUGCCCAUGAACACAUCUACCUGCUGAGGAAGGUCAGUCACAUCUGCAGAUGCCAUCAACAUAGGGCUUGGGGCUCGAGGCCGGCUGCAUCCCAGUCUGCUGUCCAAGGCGCUCCAGGCAGUGUGCUGGAGCUGCUUGGUAAAUCCUACCCUCAGGAUGACCACACCAACCUCACCCAGAAGGUCCUUUCCAAGGUGGGCAGGAACCUGCACAACCAGAAGUUCCACCCUCUGUGGCUGAUUAAGGAGCGGGUGAAGGAGCAUUUCUAUCAGCAGUAUAUGGGGCGAUCCAGGACACCCCUGUUCUCCGUCUAUGACCAGCUGCCUCCAGUGGUCACCACCUGGCAGAACUUUGAUAGCCUGCUAAUCCCAGCUGACCACCCCAGCAGGAAGAAGGGGGACAACUAUUACUUGAAUCGGGACCACAUGCUGAGAGCACACACAUCAGCACAUCAGUGGGACUUGCUGCAUGCGGGACUUAACGCCUUCCUCGUGGUAGGUGAUGUCUAUCGUCGGGACCAGAUUGAUUCCCAGCACUACCCAGUGUUCCACCAGCUGGAGGGGGUCCGGCUCUUCUCCAAGCAUGAGUUGUUUGCUGGCGUAAAGGAUGGAGAAAGCUUGGAGCUCUUUGAAGAAAGUUCCCGUUCUGCUCAUAAGCAAGAGACACAUACCAUGGAGGCUGUGAAGCUUGUGGAAUUUGACCUUAAACAAGUAUUGACUAGGCUUGUGACACAUCUGUUUGGAGAUGGGCUGGAGGUCCGUUGGGUGGACUGCUACUUUCCUUUUACCCACCCUUCCUUCGAGAUGGAGAUCAACUUCCGUGGAGAAUGGCUUGAAGUCCUUGGCUGUGGGGUGAUGGAACAGCAGCUUGUCAAUUCAGCUGGUGCUCAGGAUCGAAUCGGCUGGGCUUUUGGCCUCGGAUUAGAGAGACUGGCUAUGGUCCUCUACGACAUCCCUGACAUCCGCCUUUUCUGGAGUGAGGAUGAGCGCUUCCUGAAGCAGUUCCGCCUGUCAGACAUCAAUCAGAGUGUCAAGUUUCAGCCUCUCAGCAAGUACCCUGCCGCCUUCAAUGACAUUUCCUUCUGGGUGCCCUCCGAGAACUACACGGAGAACGAUUUCUAUGACAUUGUCCGAACAGUUGGAGGAGACCUGGUGGAAAAGGUUGAUCUUAUAGACAAGUUUGAACAUCCAAAGUUUUGCUUCAGCACGUGUCUGGCCUCAUCAUGUGAGUCUGUCUCAGUUGACAUCACUCUGCCAAUCAACCCGAGUCCAAGAAAGUGGCAAGAAACCACGGUAUACCACCAGGAGAUGUUUGGUGCAUCUCUCUCUAUGGAGUCCCAACAAAUGGGGCUCAACUACACAAUGACAAUCUGAAGACCUGCACGUACAGUCAGAGUGCCUACAGAAACCACCUGGGAGACAUGCCUCAAGAUUCUGGGGCCUUCUGUCAUCCUAGCUGCAAAGGACAAACCUAAGCAGGGUUUGUCCUAUGUUCAAACCUUAGGUAGCAGUCUAGCCACUGUCUCUUCUUCACCAACUACCCUUUAAAUGCAGAAUGAAGGUAACUCUUACAGUCCAUGGCUGCCACUGAAAGAAUAGAAAAUACAGCCUAACUCUCUAAUGACUCCAAGAAGUCAGAAGUUUAAAAAUGCUAUCUCGCUCCAAAGAAGCUCUAACUCCAGCCUUCUAAGGAGUCCCAAACACUUCAUAUUCCAGAGCCCACUCUGUUAGAAACUAGGUAAAAGUCGCAUUCCAGAGCCUGCCCUUUGUUAAGAGCUAGUCAAAAAGGCCUUGAAUAGGUAAUCCUGGCUCCAUAAGGUAACUGGAAAUGAGCUAAUUAUCUGCUUAUCUUGCUUAUGUAAACUGCUUACGCCAUUUCCCCCACCCAGGAGUUCAUGCCGCUAUAGACCUCCAAGAAAAUAGGAAACUAAUUGGUCCACAGAGCGAGGGCUCUGAUAAUUUAAACUGAUUGACUUAAAAACUAUGGAGUGGUGCAAAUCGAUUGGGCUCUCGAUGAUAAGGAAUGGUUUGUGAUUCGUGGGCUCUCAAUGCUAAGGAAUGAUUGGGUUGUGAUUUGCGGGCUUUGUUGUAAACUUAUAAAAGCUGUCCCAAUUCUGCACUUGGGGCCCACAGUCCUCUACCCCCGCACGGUGUAAACUGUGG